CGGCGGCGGCGGGUGAGCCGUGCGGGGUUGAUUUUUUUUUACUACAAACCAGUGAAGAUGACGCCAAAACAUGAAAAACAGGAAUUUGUAACUGUCUUGGUGCGAGACCCCAGGAUACAGAAAGAAGAUUCAUGGCAUUCUUACAUAGACUAUGAGAUAUUUAUUCACACAAACAGUAUAUGCUUUACAAGGAAAACAUCCUGUGUUAGACGACGCUAUCGAGAAUUCGUUUGGCUCCGGCAGAGGCUUCAGAGCAAUGCAGUGCUUAUACAGCUACCUGAACUGCCGUCCAGAACUCCCUUUUUCAACAUGAACAAUCCUAAUCACGUGGACCAUCGCCGUCAGGGUCUACAAGAAUUCCUGGAAAAGAUCCUACAAGAUGCAUUACUGCUCUCAGAUAGUAGGCUGCACCUCUUCCUACAGACUCAGCUAAGCCCAGAGGACAUGGAGGCCUGUGUGUCUGGGCAGACCAAAUUCUCUGUUGCUGAUGCCAUUCUCAGUUUCGCCUCUCUGAACAGACGUUUUCCUAUAGAAGACGAAGAGGAAAAAAAAGGAAAAAACGAUGCAGACUCUGAUUCAGAGAGUUCAUCCUCCGGGCUCGGACCUAGUGAUGACAGCAUUUCAUGUGGAUGUAAAGCAAGCCCAGCUUCUGAAGAAUCAUGAAAAAUCAUUCCUGUAUUGCUACCUUAAGGACAGCACAGAGCAGUUUCUGCUUUGUUUACUGGUCAUGUGUAUGCCACACAAGCAGGGCUGUCUGGUAACAUGAAUCUAGAAGACCCGUUGUUAAUGCAACCAUAUGUCCUUACAAAAUAUUCAAAACAGACCUGUCUUUUUGGUGAUUUUUUAAAAAAUGUAUCUUGGUGAAGGUCUACAUGCUACCUAUUUAUGUUUUUGUGACUUUUACAAUCUCGGUAUUGGGUAAGUCAUGCUCUUUUGACAUACGUGGCAGUUAAAAUAAUUUCUUCAGUGAGUUCGUGUCUCAGAUUUAAAAAAUAAAGAUAACUUAAUUCCUCAUCUUAAAA